AUGCUUUUGCCCCAGACUGCAACAUACUUUACACCUAACUUCGCCCUCCAUGACGCCGAGGGGCUUGCCAAACGCUACAUCGUCAAUGAUACCCUAAGUGGACGUCCGAAAGUCAAGUGUUUCUGCAGCGGCUGCGGGUGCACUAUUUUCACGAUUCCUGCGAGUGACGGGGACGAGGAGAUUGUUGUAAGGACGGCACUUAUUGAGAAUGGGUUUUCACAUGAGCCGCCGACCAUGGCCAAUUUAGGCAGCUGGCAGCACUACAACCGAGAUGCCUCAAUUUCAAUUACAGUGUUGGGCGUUUUCUUCGUGGGACUGCGCUUUCUCUCGAGGCAUCUAGGAAAAGUGCCCCUGGGCCUGGAGGAUGGACUGAUCGUGCCUGCGGUGUUGAACUUAUUCGUCAUUUUCGCACUCGAUAUAGAGAUGGUAAAAUACGGCCUUGGCCUGCACCAAUCCACCAUUUCCAUGGAUAGCCUAAUAACCAUCAACAAACUCCUCCUCCCCGCCGAAGUAUUCUACUGCACCUCAAUAAUCCUCACCAAAACCUCCAUCCUAGCAAUGUACCACCGGAUCUUCCACAUCCAUAGGCCCACCCGCAUAGCCGUGUACAUACUGGGAGUGAUCACGAUCAUCAGAGCCAUAUCCCUCAUAUUUGCCUCCAUCUUCCAGUGUAUUCCUGUCGCUAGGGCGUGGGAUAAAUUUCACUACCCCGGUCGAUGCAUUAACCUCAAGGAUACGUUUAUUGCGAACGAUGUUGUGAAUGCUAUCACUGAUGUAGUCAUUCUGGGGCUGCUGAUCGGGAGAGUGUGGAAAGUGCAGGCAGGGUGGGGGGUAAGGAUGGGCGCCGUGGGGAUGAUCUCCUUGGGAGGUUUGUGA